AUGGGUAACAAACCAUCAAAGAUAAUUGAUGCGCAAGGACUGAUUGUAGCAUCCGGAUACAUCGAUGUUCAGAUUAAUGGCGCGUUCGGUGUUGAUUUCUCGAACUGGGAAGGAGAAGAGAAAAUGAAGGAAAACAUUGACAUAGUAGCGAGGAAGCUGUUAAAGUUUGGAUGCACAAGUUUCGUGCCAACCAUCGUUAGUUCGUCGCCCGAAAUUUAUCAUAAGGUAUUACCAUUGCUUAAGCCACGCAAAGGAAAUAAAAAAAAUGGAUCAGAGAUCUUAGGUGCUCAUGUCGAAGGACCAUUCAUCUGUGAAAAAAAGUCUGGAGCUCAUCCUAAAGAACACUUGAUUGAUGCUCCGAAGGGAUUUGCAGAUAUCGCGAGCGUUUACGGUAUCACAGAAACAGAAAAUCCAUCGAUCAAGAUAAUAACUGUUGCUCCUGAACUAGAAGGAAUGCAGAAUUUGUUCAAGAAAUUCAUUGACCUGGGUAUGACAGUUAGCAUGGGGCAUUCGUGCGCGCUAGUCGAACAGGCCGAGCGAGCAGUAGAGAGCGGGGCCCGGUUUAUCACACAUCUAUUCAACGCAAUGCAACAGUUUCAUCACCGAGAUCCCGGAAUAAUUGGCCUUCUCAGUUCCACCCGCUUGCCUCGCCCCUAUUACGGUUUAAUAUGUGAUGGUAUUCACGUCCACCCGAACUCUGUGAAAUUAGCUUACUCUGCCCAUCCGUCUGGUGUGAUCCUCGUUACAGACGCAGUCGGUGCCAUGGGACUUCCGCCCGGUGAAUAUAAGAUAGGAACUGCGAAAAUAAGGAAAAUCGACGACUACCGUGUGGAGGUAAUCGAGAACGGUCGUUUGGCAGGAUCCGUUCUUACUAUCAGUGAAUGUGUCAAGAAUUUCAAAAAGUUUACUGACUGUUCGAUUGUGGAAGCUAUUGAAGCUGCUACUAAGCACCCAGCAGAACUGUUGGGAAUCGAAGACAGAAAAGGAACUCUGAAUUAUGGUGCCGACGCUGAUUUAAUAUUCUUGGAUGAUGACUUGAACGUCAUUAGAUGUUUUAUAAGUGGGGAGGAAGUUGAUAUUGGAAGCAUGUAA